GUUUCUUUCUCUUUUUCUUUCUCAGAGAUUAUGAACGAUGUAAUCAAGAAGGUGAAGAAGAAGGGAGAAUGGAAGGCGCUGAUCGUGGACCAGCUGAGCAUGAGGAUGUUGUCGUCCUGCUGCAAGAUGACAGACAUCAUGACGGAGGGCAUCACCAUCGUGGAGGACAUCCACAAGCGGCGAGAGCCUCUUCCCAGCCUGGAGGCCAUUUACCUGAUUACACCCACAGAGAAGUCUGUCCACACCCUCAUCGCAGAUUACAAAGAUCCUCAUUCAGCUAAAUACAAGGCAGCGCACGUCUUCUUCACCGACUCCUGCCCUGAUCCUCUGUUCAACGAGCUGGUGAAGAGUCGCGCUUCCAAAUCCACAAAGACUCUGACGGAGAUCAACAUCGCAUUCCUGCCCUACGAGUCUCAGGUGUACUCUCUGGACAAUCCAGAUGCCUUCCACAGUUUCUACAGCCCCCACAAGACCCAGCUGAAGAACCCGGUGAUGGAGCGACUGGCCGAGCAGCUGGCCACGCUCUGCGCCACCCUGAAGGAGUACCCGGCUGUCAGAUACCGAGGUGAGUACAAGGACAACGCCACCCUGGCCCAGCUGGUUCAAGACAAGCUGGACGCCUACAAGGCCGACGACCCGACCAUGGGAGAGGGUCCAGAUAAAGCUCGCUCACAGCUGAUCAUCCUGGACAGGGCGUUCGACCCCGUCUCACCUGUCCUCCAUGAGCUCACCUUCCAGGCCAUGGGCUACGACCUGCUGCCCAUCGAAAACGACGUCUACAAGUACGAGACCAGUGGCAUCGGAGACUCUCGUGAGAAGGAGGUUCUGCUGCACGAGGACGAUGACCUGUGGGUGAGCCUGAGACACAAACACAUAGCUGAGGUGUCCCAGGAAGUGACGCGUCAACUCAAGGACUUCUCCGCGAGCAAGAGGAUGAACACUGGAGAGAAGACCACGAUGAGGGAUCUGUCCCAGAUGCUGAAGAAGAUGCCUCAGUACCAGAAGGAGCUCAGCAAGUACUCCACUCACCUGCAGCUGGCUGAGGACUGUAUGAAGCAUUACCAGGGAACAGUGGACAAACUGUGCCGUGUGGAGCAGGAUUUGGCGAUGGGAACAGACGCUGAGGGAGAGAAGAUCAAGGACCCGAUGAGGGCCAUCGUGCCGAUCCUGCUGGACGCCAACGUCAGCACAUACGACAAGAUCCGCAUCAUCCUGCUCUACAUUUUCCUCAAGAAUGGCAUCACAGAGGAGAAUCUGAACAAGCUGAUCCAACGUUCCACCCACAUGCUCACCCCCACCAAAUUCUUAUCGGACCUGCAGCACCCCGACUUCCGAGAGUCCACUAGGGUGUCCUUUGAGGACGCAGAGCCCACGGCCGACGCUCGGUACGGCCACUGGCACAAGAACAAGACACCUGGAGAGUACCGCACCGGUCCCCGUGUCAUGGUCUUCAUCAUCGGCGGCGUGUCCUUCAGUGAGAUGCGCUGCGCCUAUGAGGUCACACAGGCCAAUGGGAAAUGGGAAGCCAUCAUUGGCUCGACCCACAUCUUCACCCCCACCAGCCUCCUGGAGCAGCUCAAGGCCAUGAACAAACCAGACGAGGAAGUGACGAGCUAAAAAUCCUCCAAUCACAUCUCUCUCUCCCCCUUAACCCACCCACCCCCGCCCUCACCCAUCUUACCGCCAACUGCCGCCACCCCCACCCCCCCGACCCGAUCCAUUAACUGUGUAUGCAUCUUGCUUGAAAAGAAGAAAAACAAAAAAGACAUCUCAGAUGAUAAAAAAAUAUAUGUUGUAUCAAAGAAUAAAAUCGUUGCAAGUAUUCUCAUGUUUUACAAUGGAUGCAACUAAAUAGACUUAUUUAAAAAGGUUUAAAUAUCAGAGGAGAAGGCCAUUUUAAACGGAAAGUACCAAAUGUAAUAACCGUGUGCUAUGAUACCUGCUAGAAUGUGUAAGAGGUGGACGUUUUCUCUGGUUCUUUCCUUUGGAUUUCUCCUCAGCGUGAGUUUUAUCAGAAGCAGGUGGAGGAGGGAUGUGACGUUUGGGAGGUCGAUGUUGUAAAAACACAAAUAUCAUAUCAGUCGACAUGCAAUAUAUAUAAAAUACAUAUAUUUCAUCGGAGAGGAGCCCCACCUCGCUCAUUUGAGAUGUGCAUAUUCAGUAGCAUGCUUGGACUUGUGUGGACUGUCGAUGUGUUUGUAUCCGGUGUGGAUGUUCUGAAGCUGCAGAGUUUAGCGUUUAGCUUUUUUCCAAAGAUGCUGAGCUGGAGUCCUCCACAGAAAACCUUUUGUUUUGAGUAUGAAACGGAAUCACUGAAACUUUUCAAAAACCAUCGUCCACUACUCAUCCGCUUCCUGUAAAUAGUAAAAACUACAGUGAAUUGAAUUCAUCGUGUUCUUUAAAUGUAUCUGCUGUUACCGGUGACUCUUUUAAUGAGUUAAUUCAAGAGUUCCAGUAAUGCAGAUACAUUGAGAUAUCAUGUUCAAAAGGCCCAAAACAUGUUUCGACUUUGACCUUUGACCUCCAAAAUCUAAUGGGUCAACCCUUGGGUCAGACUGAACACGUGUGCCAAAUUUGAAAAGAUUCCCUCAAGCUGAUCUUAAGAUAUCACAUUCACAAGGCAAUAAACAAACUUUGCGAAGUGAUCUUGACCAGCAAAAUCAGAUCACUUCACCCACGACUCUUAAUAAAUGUUUGUGCCAAAUUUAAAGAAGUUCUCUAAAGGCAGACUGGAGACGUACUUCGGCACAAGGAACAAACAAAAUUUGACCUUUUUCCGCCUCAUUUUUGAGUCUGGUGCGUGUUUGAUACUCAAAACAAAGUUAAAGUUUGGUUUAAAAACUUUGUGGAGCAGAAGAAGAAAAGAGAAAGAGCUCAGUUAGAAAAUAAAAAAAAAAGAAUCAUCCCUCCUCCCGCUGCCGAGACUGUGAAAUAUUUACCCUCCACAACCUUCUUUCCUUUCUCCGGAGAAACUUCAUGUUUUAAUGUCUAAGGGCCGUUGCUUGCUGUUAUAUAAAGAAUAAUGUUAAAAAGGGCCAGUUGUAUUUCAGUAUUGUAUCCUGUCAGAUUAAGUCUUAUCAUUGGUUCGUAACGAUGUUGGGCCAUGCACUGAGUCGUGUUGUGUAUUUGCCAUAUGUUGCUGUUUUAGCGUCUCACUGUUGACUGGUGAUCUUUCUGACUGUGAAGUAGUGAUUCCUUUUCCUUUUUGAAAAUGCCGAUGUGAAGCCGCCGUGUUUGUGACGUUUUAGCUGUAGCUGUUAGUGGUCAGCUGGGAAAAUGAAAUACUAUCUAUAUUUUCUUUGUCCGUUUCUUCCUGGUGCAAUGUAAAAACCCCUCAGUGAUGAAUGGCUUUAAAAAGAUGAAACAUAACGACUGAACUUUGAACUUUUCCCCUUUUUUCCCGGCCAAACAACUUGUAUAUUGCACUACUGCGUUUUCUGUGAUGCAAGCGCUUGAUUUUGUGUUUGUUUCUUUUAAUCUGCUGUUGUUGAGGCUUUACUUUGUUGAAUAAAUUGAUUUUCAGAGGAAGAAAACAUUAAAUGAAACACUAGUCCGUCCUGAAACUGUUUUAACUUAUUGGGAUUGUUUGUUUGCAAGUGUUGAAGCACAAACAAUACUUCCAUGUGUACCUAGUAUGUACUACGGCUGUCUAAUAAAUUGGCUUCCAUU